GAGAAGCUCAGUGGGUUUCUCAAAUGGCCGUGACUUUGGUAACGUCCUUCGCUUCUUCUUCUUCUCGCUUCCAUUUCCGCUCCUUCUCCUCUUCUCCUUCGUCUCUCUCCUCUUGUUUCGUCCGAUUCCAGUUGCCGUCUCGCCUUAGAGUCGCUUUCGCCGUCACGCCUCUCUACUCUUCUUCUAGAGCCAUGGCUCAUACAAUCGCACACGCUACUCUCGGUCUCACUCAGGCCAACUCCGUCGAUCAUCCUAAGAUCUCAUUUUCCGGGAAGGAGAUCGACGUGACUGAAUGGAAAGGUGAUAUACUCGCGGUUGGAGUCACGGAGAAAGAUAUGGCUAAGGAUGUGAACUCCAAGUUCGAAAACCCCAUAUUGAAGAAGCUCGAUGCUCACUUGGGUGGACUUCUAGCUGAUGUCUCUUCUGAGGAAGAUUUUUCCGGGAAACCUGGCCAGUCAACAGUUCUUAGGCUUCCGGGUCUCGGGUCAAAGCGGGUCGGUUUGAUUGGUCUAGGAAAAUCUGCUUCAUCUCCUUCCGCUUUUCAGAGUCUCGGUGAGGCUGUUGCUGCAGCUGCUAAAGCUUCUCAAGCUACCAGUGUUGCAGUUGUUCUCGCCUCCUCAGAGAGUGUUUCUGAUGAAUCCAAGCUCAGUUCUGCUUCAGCUAUAGCUUCAGGCACAGUGCUUGGUUUGUUUGAAGACAGCCGGUAUAAGUCUGAGUCAAAGAAACCAUCUCUCAAAUCUGUAGAUAUCAUUGGCUUUGGCACUGGACCUGAACUAGAGAAGAAGCUUAAGUAUGCUGAACAUGUUUCUUAUGGCGUAAUUUUCGGGAAAGAACUUGUUAAUUCUCCAGCCAAUGUUCUCACCCCUGCCGUACUAGCUGAGGAGGCCUCGAAUCUGGCUUCCAUGUACAGUGAUGUCAUGACUGCAAACAUCUUGAACGAGGAACAAUGCAAAGAGCUGAAGAUGGGUUCAUAUCUUGCUGUAGCUGCUGCUUCAGCUAAUCCACCUCAUUUCAUCCACCUUAUCUACAGACCUUCGAGUGGCCCUGUUAAAACCAAACUUGCUCUUGUUGGGAAAGGAUUGACAUUUGACAGCGGUGGCUACAACAUUAAGACCGGGCCUGGCUGCUUAAUUGAGCUCAUGAAAUUCGAUAUGGGAGGUUCAGCUGCUGUUCUUGGCGCUGCAAAAGCCAUUGGUCAAAUUAAGCCUCCAGGUGUUGAGGUGCACUUUAUUGUCGCAGCUUGUGAGAAUAUGAUAAGUGGUACCGGAAUGAGACCUGGAGAUGUCAUCACAGCCUCAAACGGAAAGACAAUUGAGGUCAACAACACCGAUGCUGAAGGUCGACUAACACUUGCAGAUGCUCUAGUCUAUGCUUGCAACCAGGGUGUCGAUAAGGUUGUUGACCUUGCAACAUUGACUGGGGCUUGUAUUAUUGCUCUUGGAACAUCAAUGGCAGGCAUAUAUACACCUAGUGAUAAGCUUGCAAAGGAGGUGAUUGCUGCAUCAGAGAGGAGUGGAGAGAAGUUAUGGAGAAUGCCGAUGGAAGAGAGUUACUGGGAGAUGAUGAAGUCAGGUGUGGCAGAUAUGGUUAACACGGGAGGCCGUGCAGGUGGAUCGAUCACCGCGGCUCUCUUCUUGAAACAGUUUGUGAGUGAGAAGGUUGAGUGGAUGCACAUAGAUAUGGCUGGACCAGUGUGGAACGAGAAGAAGAAAGCUGCGACUGGUUUUGGAGUUGCGACUCUCGUUGAGUGGUCGCCGUCUCGCCUUAAAGUCGCUUUCGCGGUUACGCCUCUCUACUGUUCUUCUAAAGCCAUGUCUCAUACAAUCGCACACGCUACUCUCGGCCUCACUCAGGCUAACUCCGUUGAUCAUCCUAAGAUCUCAUUUUCCGGGAAGGAGAUCGACGUGACGGAAUGGAAAGGUGAUAUACUCGCGGUUGGAGUGACGGAGAAAGAUAUGACUAAGGAUGCCAACUCCAAGUUCGAAAACCCGAUACUGAAGAAGCUUGAUGCUCACUUGGGUGGACUUCUAGCUGAUGUAUCGUCUGAGGAAGAUUUUUCCGGGAAACCUGGCCAGUCUACAGUUCUUAGGCUUCCAGGUCUCGGGUCAAAGCGGGUCGGUUUGAUUGGUUUAGGAAAAUCUGCUUCAUCUCCUUCGGCUUUUCAAAGUCUUGGUGAGGCUGUGGCUGCAGCUGCUAAAGCUUCUCAAGCUACCAGUGUUGCCGUUGUUCUCGCCUCCUCUGAGAGUGUUUCUGAUGAAUCCAAGCUCAGUUCUGCUUCAGCUAUAGCUUCAGGCACAGUGCUUGGUUUGUUUGAAGACAGUCGGUAUAAGUCUGAGUCAAAGAAACCAUCUCUCAAAACUGUGGAUAUCAUUGGCUUUGGCACUGGACCUGAACUAGAGAAGAAGCUUAAGUAUGCUGAACAUGUUUCUAAUGGCGUAAUUUUCGGGAAAGAACUUGUUAAUUCUCCAGCCAAUGUUCUCACCCCUGCCGUACUAGCUGAGGAGGCCUCGAAUCUGGCUUCCAUGUACAGUGAUGUCAUGACUGCAAACAUCUUGAACGAGGAACAAUGCAAAGAGCUGAAGAUGGGUUCAUAUCUUGCUGUAGCUGCUGCUUCAGCUAAUCCACCUCAUUUCAUCCACCUUAUCUACAGACCUUCGAGUGGCCCUGUUAAAACCAAACUUGCUCUUGUUGGGAAAGGAUUGACAUUUGACAGCGGUGGCUACAACAUUAAGAUUGGGCCUGAGUUGAUAAUUGAGCUCAUGAAAAUCGAUGUGGGAGGUUCAGCUGCUGUUCUUGGCGCUGCAAAAGCCAUUGGUCAAAUUAAGCCUCCCGGUGUUGAGGUGCACUUUAUUGUCGCAGCUUGUGAGAAUAUGAUAAGUGGUACCGGAAUGAGACCUGGAGAUGUCAUCACAGCCUCAAACGGAAAGACAAUUGAGGUCAACAAUACCGAUGCUGAAGGUCGACUAACACUUGCAGAUGCUCUAGUUUAUGCUUGCAACCAGGGUGUCGAUAAGAUUGUUGACCUUGCAACAUUGACUGGGGCUAUUAUUGUUGCUCUUGGACCAUCAAUGGCAGGCAUGUAUACAGCUAGUGAUGAGCUUGCAAAGGAGGUAAUUGCUGCAUCAGAGAGGAGUGGCGAGAAGUUAUGGAGAAUGCCUAUGGAAGAGAGGUACUGGGAGAUGAUGAAGUCAAGUGUGGCAGAUAUGGUUAACUUGGGAGGCCAUGCAGGUGAUUCCAUCACCGCGGCUCUCUUCUUGAAACAGUUUGUGAGCGAGAAUGUUGAGUGGAUGCACAUAGAUAUGGCUGGACCAGUGUGGAACGAGAAGAAGAAAGCUGCUACUGGUUUUGGAGUUGCGACACUCGUUGAGUGGGUACAGAACAAUUCUUCUUAAGAUGAAGGCUGGUGAUCUUUGUGCUCUCAGUGAUUUACUUGUUUUAAAAUUGAUGGAUGUUCUUAUUUAACGUUCUCAUCGCUGAAAAACAAAUAAAAGUUUAGCAUUCUCAGAGGUUUUAGUAAAGGUUUUGUUUUGCUUGUUGUGUAAGUGUGACGCUUGAAUAUAACGAGUUAAAUUAG